UGUCAUUAGAAGAAACCUUUAAGGACCUCUGACUUAAAGCAGGAAAGACUCUACAACACACGGAUGGACUGAAAACAUCUGAAUUAGUCACUGGACUCCUCUUUGAAACCAACCAAAGGUACAAAUCGACGACUUGGUACAGUACAGUUCCACUGUUUUUGGAAGUUUUGCUCUGUUUUUUAUAGUUUUGAUCUUCAGUAUAAUAAUACAGCGGGACUUUGUGCUGGAGAUUGAAUCAGUUGGGACACUGAAGCCUCGGUGUCCAAACAACAACUUUGCAGCGCACUCUUGUAUUUGACUGUCUGAUUUGAAAUAUGUCCACAAUAACGGAACAGCCGUUUUAUGACGACUCGUUUCUCUCUGCUUAUGGCCAUCCAGGCGCAGCCCUGCCAGACUACAAGCUGCUAAAGCAGAAUAUGAACUUGAACUUCUCCGAUUCAUAUCGGAACUCAAACUUCAAGUCACAGCACCUGCGUGCCGACAGUGAUUUCUAUUCAGCGGGAACGGCGGACGUGGACUCCCUGAAGCUCGCCUCUCCUGAACUGGAGCGACUGAUCAUCCAGAACAGCAACGGGGUCAUCACUACAACGCCGACGCCUGCUCAGUACCUCUACAACCGCGGGAUCACAGAGGAGCAGGAGGGUUUUGCUGAAGGUUUUGUCAAAGCGUUGGACGACCUACACAAGAUGAACCAGAUGGCCCCUCCAAAUGUGUCCAUCGGCGCCGGUGGCGUUGCCUGCUCGGCUUCGGCCUCUGUGUACGGCUCCUCCAUGCAGCCAGAAUCGCUCGAGUACACCACUCUGAGUAGCUGCACCACGAACCCCAGCCUGUCUUCUGCAGCCAGCUAUCCCUCCACUACUAUCAGCUACCUGCCUCAUCAUCACCAGUACCAGCAUACCCAUGCCAUUGCGCACGGAUCUCACCUUUUCCAGCACUCUCUGGCCGGAGCGGGCAUCCACUCGCAGCGCUUCGGCGGGGUGAAAGAGGAGCCUCAGACAGUCCCCGACAUGCAGAGCAGCGACAACAGCUCUCCACCGAUGUCCCCCAUCGAUCUGGAGAACCAGGAGCGGAUCAAAGCAGAGCGCAAGCGGCUGAGGAACCGGCUCGCAGCCUCUAAGUGUCGGAAGCGCAAGUUGGAGCGCAUCGCGCGCCUGGAGGACAAGGUGAAAGUGCUGAAAACAGAUAACGCCGGACUGUCAAACACUGCUUCUCUACUGCGGGAACAGGUGGCCCAACUCAAACAGAAAGUAAUGACACAUGUGAGUAGUGGCUGCCAGCUCAUGUUAGCGCCGAAAGUGAAGUCUUAUUGAAGAUGCACUUUUAAUAACACUGGACAAGAAAUGCACUGACAACACAAUGAACAAUGCCCUUAUAAUCUACAUUGUACGCGAGAGCUGGACAACAAAAAGUAUCCUACACAGGAAUCUUACAAAACGAAAACACUUAAACUUGGGGCAUUUUUAAAAGUGUCAUCUUUGCUUUGCCUGUUUACAUGUUUGUUUCUAACUUAUGUGUUUGUCAGGUUGAGCCUGAUUACUUUUUGUACAGUAUAUUUAAACUAAACUUAUGAAAAGAAAUAUCUGGUGUUGGUUC